GCUCGCCUCGGCCUCACUUACCCCACACGACCUGGGCGGAUUCUGAGAAAGCAGAGAGGAGGACGCAGAGCGAUCCCCGGGGAGUCGCGGCCUGGCCGCCCGGUGAGCCCUCCGUGAGCCGCCCCGCCCGGGAGCAGGAGGGCGCCGCUGCCAUGUCUGGCCCCUUCCUGAAGCAAGUCUUCAACAAGGACAAGACGUUCCGGCCCAAGCGCAAGUUCGAGCCGGGCACCCAGCGCUUCGAGCUGCACAAGCGGGCGCAGGCGUCGCUGAACGCGGGGCUGGACCUGCGGCUGGCGGUGCAGCUGCCGCCGGGCGAGGACCUGCACGACUGGGUGGCCGUGCACGUGGUGGACUUCUUCAACCGCAUCAACCUCAUCUACGGCACCAUCAGCGACGGCUGCACCGAGCAGUCCUGCCCCGUCAUGUCGGGCGGCCCCAAGUACGAGUACCGCUGGCAGGACGAGCACAAGUUCCGGAAGCCCACGGCGCUGUCCGCGCCCCGCUACAUGGACCUGCUCAUGGACUGGGUGGAGGCGCAGAUCAACGACGAGGAGGUCUUCCCCACCAGCGUGGGCACGCCGUUCCCCAAGAACUUCCUGCAGACGGUGCGGAAGAUCCUGUCGCGGCUGUUCCGCGUGUUCGUGCACGUGUACAUCCACCACUUCGACCGCAUCGCGCAGAUGGGCUCCGAGGCGCACGUCAACACCUGCUACAAGCACUUCUACUACUUCGUCCGGGAGUUCGGCCUCAUCGACGCCAAGGAGCUGGAGCCCCUGAAAGAGAUGACCACCCGGAUGUGCCACUAG